ACAUCAUCCUGCUGGCUACUCGAAGGUCCAUCAAUCAUGUCGUUCAUACAUUUCCCAGCCCCAGAAAAGCGCUAUGAGCUGCGUGACAGCAGUGCAGGCCGCCUCAACCCGCCGACGAAGAGACCACACCCGGAAGCCGACAACGUACGCAAUUCGUACGAGCCGAGACGUCCAGAUGCGAGAGACCGCUAUCGUGGCGACCGGCGCAACCAGCAGCGCCGAGAGAGCGGUAGUUGGAUUCCCAAGGCCAUUGGCUGGAUCUUAGGUUAUGGCUCGCCGCCGCCAGAGAUCGAGGAUGCGAUCCAGGAGCACGACGAAGAGGAGUUGGCAGAUGUCCUGAGAGAAAAUGACGCACUCAACGCUAAAGUCCAAGAUCUGCUACGACAGCUACAGCAUCGUCGGCAUAUCGUGUUCGAGCAGGACGACGCAGCAGUAGAAGCACGCAACAACCGUAUCAAAAACUUGCAGUCCACGGUGGACCGCAUGAAGAUCGAGCAUACAGCCGAAGUCCAACGAGUCAUCAGUGAGGCGGAUGCGAAGGCUGCGAGAGAUAUGAAAGAGCUUCGUAACACCGCCAACCAGCAGAUUUUGGCUGCGAAGAGAGCAGCAUCAGAUCUGCGAGAUCAGAGUCAGGGAGCGCAAAAGACCUGCAGAAAGCUUGAAGCGCAGAUCGAACAGCAACUGGAGACCAUCCGGGGCAUGCAAGCAGCCCGCAUGAAGUCAGUCGAAUCCACGCAAUGGGCGCCAAUUGCGAAUUCGGAGAUUCAAAGCGAGCUUAAGUCAAUCGUCGCUCGCGUUCGCCAGUGGGCCAUCGAGUGCUCAGCUCUCUUCCGUGACCAAGGUCUGGAUUCGAAAGGCUUUGCCCGGCUUGUCUGCGCCAGCAUAGACAAAGGAUGCGCAGCAAAUGCGUUCAGCUUGCAUGGGCACCUGGCGCAAAACAAGUCUACGAGCAAGCCCGGUAAAGCAGCAGCAAUGCUGCUCGCGGCUGUUGCUUCCUUCGAAAUCAUGCACAAGAUCAUCGGUAAUCCGUUCUUCAUUUUCGCAGGACAGCUCGACGAAGAUAUGUUGCACGAGACCGAGGCGAAGUCAAUGGCCAAUUUGAUCGAGUUGACUGGUCAUGGUGAUGAGGCAGGAGGCGAAGGCCUCCGAUACCAAUUGCUGCGCUUACUGGACCCGUCGCAGAAGGAUACUUCGUACGGGACGAAGUACCUCAGAGGCGUUGUCGAUCGAAGCCGUAAGAAGGCCGUAUCUCAGCUCGCUGCUGGACUCCUCGACCAGCUCUUGGGCGAGAUUACAGCAGAUGAUUUGGCAAAUGCUCGAUCUGGAUUGGAGGCUGUGGUCAACGAGGCUGCUGAGCUGUCCUGGAAGCUGUGGACUCGCAAAGGACGAAUGGAAGUCUUCGAUCAGGCAAGACUCGCUAAGGAGACCAAGGGCGUCGAUGUGUACAGUGGGACGUCGGCGCUGCUCGAGGCUCAUUCCUUGCACGUUAGGGAUCUUGAAAACGACUCAGGAGCACUAGAAGGGAAGCCGAUCAUCUUGGUCUGCAGUCCAGUCGUCGCGAUCGCUGGCGAUGCUGAAGGACAGGGGUAUACCAAGAGCCGAGUCCUGAAGAAGGCUGUGGUGUGGAUGGGCUGA